AUGAUAAGUCUUAGAAUUAUUCUGAGAGCAUAUAAACUGAAAAGAGCUGUAAAGCGUCUGAAAAGAGCCAAGGAGAAUGCCCUGAGAAUUCAUCACGGCAAGAGACCUCGCUAUCCUUGGUAUGAAGAAUUGUGGACUUGGUUUCUAGAAUGUCUGAAGAAUAAUUUUUGCAAGACAUUUUGCCCAUGUUGCCUGCAUCCUCAGAUGCGAAAGGAAGAUGGAGUGAAUACAGAAAGUUUUUUCAGGAGACCUUGUCUAGCAGGAUCAUUCGAGAAUCUUACUUUGAGAAGUUUCUUUGGUUUUCUUUUUGGCCUUCUUUUAACGACAGCCAUUUUCUUCUUCUUACUGUAUCAAUUGAAUUGCAGUCCUCGAAUCACAACAUUCAUUUGCUGUGUUCUUGGAGUCAUCUUAACCAAUGCUCUAGCAUUCAAGCCAGAGGUUCGAUGCAUCGUCCUGCUAGCUCUGCCCUCCUUAUUUUCUAGUCGAGGUCGUACAGUUCUGAUUGCAUACACUUACAUACUGGUCAUGAGCGGGCCUGCCAAGAACGCUCUGCGCAAUGCCAAUAUUUUGGUUAAUACUCUGAACUGUGGACAAGAAAUCGUCAUCAAGCAAACUAAAGCCAUCAUGAAAUCCAUUUUUGCACCUUUGAUAGCCAUUGUUGACGUAAUGCGGGACAUUCUGAAAGCCCUUAAAGAAUUCGCACGCAUGAUGAAGGAAGCCUUCAUUGCGAUUCGAGACCUUUUUUUGGAAAUCAUCAAUGCCAUCAAAGUGGUAUUUCAGUGGCUCCAGAGCAUCGUUGAAGUUUGCACCAGCAAGUAUGGCAGUCCUUAUCAACGUUGCACGAAAGCCUUUGACGAUGCCAUUGAAGACUGCGAGAAGAAGAUGGGGGCCUUCAAGUUUCUCUGUUACAUUGUGAGUGCCAUCAAGUUCGUAUGUGAGAUAGCUAGAAAGUUCAAGAAUUUCGCUCGACAAAUGUACAACGAGUUCUAUGUGAAUGUGACGUUUGUCCACUAUUACAACUAUUCCUUGGAACAGAGCAAAUCCUUUCAAGAAAUCCGAGGAGAUAUUCAGGAAGAAAUCAAACAUCGCAUGGACUGGCUUACUGCGUUUAUAGAUUGGACAAACCUCGGAAUGGCUUUCUUCUUCCUUUUGCUUAUUUUUAACGCCUGCGUGUAUCGAAUCCGCUACUUGACGGCCGACCAUUUCGAUAAUGUGUACAUUACGUUUCACGUGCGGGACAUAGACGAGCGCCGAGCAGCCAUGGACAAAGAAACCAUCCUGCCUCUGACUGUUCGGGAGCGCAGGAGGUACGUGAGCACUUUCUCACUUCGCAUGGCAGCUUCCGAGAGAAGAAAACUGAUGGUCGCAGGAUCCCUGCUGCUCCUAUCUGCACUGCACGCCGGCAUCGCCAUGUUGCUGGACUAUUCUCUUUAUCAGUUGCUCAAGAUGAUGAACUUCUACGGGCAUCUGGAGGCGAAGACACAACUUCCGACCGUAAUCCAGAUCCAAGUGAAAGGCAAAGGAGUGAUGGCGGACAUGUAUCGUCAGAUGGUGACCCAGUUUGAUCCUCUCAUGAAAUCCACACCAGACUUCGACUUUUCUGACUGCCUGCCUAACCCAGUGCCCCUAGACCUGGAGAAAUACCAGCUUAUAGGAAUAUUAUAUGGAAUGUGUCUGACCUUGGCUCUUACAGAGAGCUAUGGCCUUCGUCUGCGUCAUGUAGUUUGCGGUUGUUACUAUCCUGCUCGUGAAAAGCUUCGUGCCGUGUGGCUCUAUAACCACAUCUUGAGAACGAGGGGAGGUAUGAAGACUUUUCUGAGAAGGGCCAUCCGGAGAAAAGUGCAGGGGGACGACACCUUGGAAAGAAUUUCGUUUCUGGAUCGCUUGGCUGGACAAAGUCGUUUGAUUGCUAAGAUUUUGAAGGCUUUUGGCAGAUCCAAGAUAAACUGUGUCUGUUGUAACGAACCAGGAAAGGAAGAAGACCAAGAAAAUUUCAAAGUUUGCGGAACCCCUGGGUGUAAGGGAAUUUACUGCCUUCCUUGUUUUGAAGAUAUUAAUAACAUGUGCACGCUUUGUUUGAAGCCUGUUGAGUACGGAGAUAUGUCUGACAUGAGUGAAGAAAAGUAUGUAACAAAAAUGCUCAUAUUUAAAGCUUUUUCCUCAGUAGAUUCAAGUGAAGAAGAUAAAAAAUUGAGCACCGACGAUGACGAUUACGAUUAUCAGUACGAAAAAAGAAAACAGACCUCUGGCUCGGAAGGCGAGGAUAAUGAAUGGAUGUACGGAGGCAAAAAAAUGCUGGCCACCGUUGAUGAUUUAAAUGAUGAAUAUGGAAAAGUUUGA